GUGAUUUCCGGGAAUAGUUUCGCCAGUGGGAAGGUGCGCGAGGGGAAACCUGUUGGAAAUGACGCGAGCUGAAAUCCUGUUUCAGAAAAGAGAUCACAACAAACAACCCGGGGUCUAAGGCAGAGCGCAUAGAGCCAGCGGUAAACACGGGUGUGUGUAAACCACAAACAACGACAGCCGUCGCGGAAUCUAGAGGUAAUGCUCAAUGGAGACGCUCAUGAGUGCCGUGGCCCCGCGUGCUCCGGCGGCGGGGAAGCGGGUGUCCGAGGUGGACUUCCGCUCGGGCACGACUCUGGAGCAGCUGGGGGAUCAGGUGCAGGAGCUGGUGCAGCUGGAACAGGGCGAGUUUGGAGACCAGACCGCACUCGAGGUGCACACAGCCAAAGACUUCAUCUUCAAUAUGCUGGGCUUGGUGCAGAAAGUAGACAAGCGAUUGCCAGUUGCCAAUGAAUAUCUGCUUCUAUCAGGUGGAGCCAGGGAAGGUGUGCUUGACCUUAACCCAGAGGACCUAGGUGACUACGCCAAAGGUGUUGACUUUGAUUUGGACUUCACUUUACUGGUGCCUGCUCUUAAACUGCAUGACCGAAAUCAGCCUGUGACGCUGGACAUGCGGCAUUCCCCACCAUGCCAUUCUUGGCUGAGCCUGCGCCUCUGCGACCCUGCGAUGCUGAAGCGUUGGAGUAUCUGCUGUCAAGAUGAGAAAACUAGAGAGAAUAAAGAUGUGGAAGAUGAGGAGGAAGAAACUGAAGCAGUACAAGGUUCAAUCCCAUCCCUGCAGCCUCCUCAAUCAUUAGAUGGAUGUUACUUCUCACCGUUGCUGGUUGCCGAUUGGUUCUGGAGUGUGGUUGGGACAGCGGUAGAAGAGUUGCGGAGAAAUCCUCAAAGAGGGAUUCCUGUUCCCGAUCGUGUGGAGCGGAAUGGUCCACUAACAACACUGAUUCUUACUGCAGGAACUAGCCGUAUCCUUUACGACUUGCUUCCAGUGGUUUCGUUUCGAGGCUGGCCGGCCGUCGCACAGGGCUGGCUCACGACCAACCAUUUCUGGGAUGGCAAAAUAACGGAGGAGGAGGCCAUCAGCGGCUUCUACUUGCUUCCUGGCUGUUCUCCAGCUGUCAGCCCCUCAACCAGACCUGACCGCGAAUGGAGACUCGCCUUCUCCCGCAGUGAGGUUCAACUAAAGAAAUGCGUGCCCUACCCAAUGGCACAAGCCUUCCAAGCAGCUAAAGCUGUACUGUCAAGACUAUUAGCUCGCCCUCGCACCGGCCUUAGCCUCUACCACCUACGUACCUUGAUGUUUUGGGCUUGUGAUCGCUUACCUACAACCUACCUUAGCUGUCCAGAUCAUGAGACUCCUGCUCGGCUGUUCCUCGGCCUACUUGAUGACUUGGCUCACUGCGUACUGGGCAAAAACUGUCCUAAUUACUUCCUCCCUCAGUGCAACAUGCUUGAGCACCUUACGGACAGUGCUGCCCUGUUAGUGGCACGAAAACUUGCACAUUUACGAUCCGAUCCUGCAGAGCACUUAAGAGCCGCUUUGGAGCAGGCACAACAGGCAUGCCAACUCAAGCGUGAGGCCGCAGUAGCUGCGAGCAAUGGCCAUGGGUUAGCAUCACCUACCCAUGGAUAUGGUGCGGGAUCACCACAGGAUGACCGGCUAGCACAACGACUACAACAGCUGGUGACAGAAAACCCUGGCAAGUCUAUUUCAGUCUUCCUCAACCCAGAUGAUGUUACACGCCCACAUUUCCGCAUUGACGACAAGUUCUACUGAGUGGACCGAGCUGGUUUACACACCGCCCCGGGGUACAGAAACCCUAUACGGCAGAACUUCUAGAAGACAUAGUCAUGUCACUGUGCUACUGUAUUACCAAAUUGUAAAACCGAGUCUUCACAGAGUGUUCUGUUUGGCUCAACUAAGCUGACUACAAUCAAAAUUGCUUGACACUCCAAUGAGGUAUUGUAUGAAUUUCACAGGUGUCACAAUGUCAGGGAGAACAAAAAUAAUAGGGGAAAAAUAGAUUCUAGUUAUGUGACUUAUAUAUCAUCGAAAUUCAGUCGCAUCCUAAAAAAAAAAUCCCUUGAUUUCGAAGCUUUUUUUUUUACUUGCUAUUCAAUACUACUGAGAAAGGAAACUAGUAUUUUCAGUAAAUCCCGAGGGCAGUAGUAGCACUGGAAAACGAACUAGGCCAAGGUACAUUAUGAUGAAAUCGAAUGUAAUUUUUUUGGUUUUUUUUGUAUAUGUGUGGAGAAGUUUGCGACUAUUGAUCACAUAAUCUUCUCUUUCUUUGGUCUGUCAGUUUACCCUGCUUUGUCCCUUUCUCAGGUACCUUUUUCUUUUAACUGGUGAGUCUUGAGCUGUUCUACUGUCAAAAACAAUAAAAGCAGAAAGCGAGAAAAAGAUGAAGAAUAACUCGAAAAUCUAGGCCUUGUCCUUUAUGUAGAAGAAGCUGUUGUACAGCCUGUAGAAACAAUCUUUUUACAACAGAGGCUGUUUGAAGCUAUUUUUUGUUCACCUUUUUUUCAGAUACUCAAGUUAGAUGUGGCUGAUGGUCUAUCAAGGUUCAGAGACUGUUUUAGGUUAAGUUGAUUAGUCAAAACUAAUUGAUGCAGAUUUUGUGUCUUAUUGGUUCCUGAUUGGAUUCUAAUCUGCACCUAAAUAAGCAUUGUGUGUUUGUGUUAUUCUAAGGGCUUUUCUUUGUCAAUCAUUGUUGCAUAUGUCUGGAUAAAGCUAAAUAUGGAAGAUGCUUCGGAAAGUGGGAUUUUGUGGUGAUAAAGGUUUGCCAGCCCUGUGUACUGGAGAAUUAGAAAGACCGAUCCAGUUCAGGCAACAGAGGUUUAGAGAAACGUGUAUAGAGACAGAGGAAUGUAUCUGUGUUUUGUUUAGUUUUUUUGUAUUUGUGGAAGGGUCCUAUCUCGCUCUUGCAGAUUUGCAUUGGUAGCUGUGGGAGGCAGAGAUGGAUGAAGAAAGUCAAACACGACGUCCACUCGAUAGAUUAGGCCAAAACCAAUGGGACUCCCGGGACUAUAGACAUCUGCACUCCCUCACUCAUUUUUGCUUUCUGUCUCCUUGCUAAAUCCUUCCCUCUUCAUCGGCGUCCAUCUCUGGCUGUUCUUGAUCCAUCUCUACCUCUUUGACUGUGCUCAAGGAUUAAAGAACAAUGUUACAUGUGUAUUCAGCAUAAAUCGCAUUAGCGCCCUGUGGGAGUUGGCAGACCAUUCGUGUGUACUGCUGACAUGGCUGCUGCGCAAAUACAGAGCAAUCAGUAACGGCGAUAUCUUUGAAUGACAGCAAAAUGGUGAGGAAUAGGCUUUUUCUGCUGGAUUUCUUAUUCCAGUAUGAGAGAUGGGAGACGUGCUACUGAAAAGAGUUUGUGUAGUGUUGCACAUGGUACAGGUAGGCUAUUAUACACAAUGUCUGCUGUAUGCCAAGGAAAAGACACCAAAGAGAGUUUAAAAGAAUGGUUGCUUAGUUUAAAUGUCGUGAAGGAAAAUGGAUGUAUCUCUAUUGUAUUGUCAGGGUUUGACACUAUAUACCUUAAAAGGCCUCUUUAGUGGAUUUAAAUAUUGUAAAAUGCUUGAAUCACUAUUUGUAAUGCUAUUUUAAAUGUUUUCCUGCAUAUAUUAACCAUUGUUUAGCACAAUGCCUGAUAUCAAAUGAACAGUGGUACUAUGCAAUAUUUCAGAAUCAUCUCUAUGAAUGAGAUGUUAAGGCCUAUUAUUUCUGUGAUCAUUACCGAGAGGGUUUUAUACAAUGGAUUCAAUGGGGGGAGAAUUUAUGUUCCUGCCUCAGGGCAUGAAAACAUUUUCUGGUGAAAUAUCUGAAGGAAGCCAAAGUGCAUAAUUUUCCUUCCCAACUUUUUUUUAAGGAUGUGGUCCCAGUGUUUCAUUUUCUGAGAGCAUAGUCCCUUGUGUCAUGCAAUUGUGUACAAAAGGUAUUUUUGCCCUCAAGCAGAAAAGAAAAUACCAAUGUAAAUAACUUAUUUUACCUCUUGAAUUAAUCUGGCCAUCAACUCAAAUUCCCUGAAUUGAAAAUUAAACGAUGCAUAUUUAAAUAGUACCAAAUAUUAAUAUAUUUCAUAUAAGUUCUCAAACAUGCCUCAGAAUGCUUUUUCUUUUUAUAAUAAAUGUGCUGGGGUGGGAGGAAAUUGCCCUCUGUGUAAUCAUGUGUGAUGAUGCUGGUCAUAGCAUGAAAUAAAACAUUACAUCUAU